AGAGCCCGGCGGGAAAAGGGGAAAAAACUGCCCGGGCUGAGGGGAAAACGGGACCGAUCUGCCGAGAGACAAUGACACCGAACAAGAGUCCAGACACGUCCCUCAUCGACCUGGCUGUGAAGAUGAGGAAACAGGCUGAGACCAGGAAGGUGGUGCUGGCCUGGGGGCUCCUCAAUAUCUCUGUAGCAGGCAUGAUCUACACUGAAAUGACUGGGAAGCUCCUGAGCACAUACUACAACAUCACCUGCUUUCCCCUCUGGUACAUUGAAUUUGCCCUGGCAGCCUUGUUCAGCCUCAACGCCCUGUUUGACUUCUGGAGGUAUUUCACCUACACAGCAGCACCAGGCAGCUUGGUGACGAGUCCCAGCCAGCCCAUCAUGGGCUGGCUGCGCAGGGCAGGUUUCCAGCUUCAGCCACUCUCCCAACGGAUCUCCCUAUUCCAUGGGAGUGGGGCCUGUGGACAGCGCUGGGAUCAGGUCUCACUACCGAUUCUCCCCCAUCCUGUACAACAAUUCCACCUACAAAGAUGACUGCAUCACAGAUGUCAAAUCCCUGGACACCUUCCUGAGGAACGAGGAGGAGAAACAGCACCGAGUUCAGCUGGGGAGCUCAGAUUCCAGCUCUCCCUCCAGCAGCCCAACGUUUUGGAACUACAGCCGUUCCAUGGCAGACCAUGCACAGAUCCUGAGGAAGUUCCAGUAUCAGCUGGCCUGCAGGUCCCAGGCUCCUUCUGCACACAAGGAUGAAGCUGAUCUCACCUCCAAACAGGCUGCAGAAGAGGUUUGGGCUCGGGUGACAAUGAACCGGCAGCUCCUGGAGCACAUGGAUUCCUGGACAGCGAAAUUCAGGAAUUGGAUCAAUGACACCAUCCUGGUGCCCCUGGUGGAAGAGAUGGAAUCUGUGAGCACUCAGCUGAGGAGGAUGGGCUGUCCAGAGCUGCAGAUUGGAGAGCUGUCCCAGGGAGGGUGCAUGAGCUCGUUCCGCUGGAACGGGGGCGGGGAUUUCAAGGGCCGCAAAUGGGACACGGACCUUCCCACCGACUCCUCGAUCCUGAUGCACGUGUUCUGCACCUACCUGGACUCCAGGCUCCCCCCUCACCCCAAAUAUCCCGAUGGCAAAACCUUCACUUCCCAGCACUUCAUCCAGACUCCAGACAAACCAGACACUUCAAACGAAAACGUGUUCUGCAUCUACCAGAGCAGCAUCAACCCUCCCCACUACGAGCUGAUCUACGAGUGCCACGUCUACAGCCUGCCCAAGGGCAGGAACAACAUGUUCCACACCUUGCUGAUGUUCCUGUACAUCAUAAAGACAAAGGAAUCUGGGAUGCUGGGGCGUGUCAAUCUGGGAUUGUCAGGAGUCAAUGUGCUGUGGAUCUUUGGGGAGUAGUGGGAGCAGCCCUGGAGGGAUCAGCUGGGACUGAAUCGUGGAUUUGCUGCCAAGCAGGACAAGUAAAGCUCAGCAAUGUGGGCAGGAGGAAGUGCCUGAGAUUGCCUGUGGAUUUUGUCAGGGCAUCACAAAGAGAAUUUCACUGGGCAGGAGUUCUCCUUGCUGCUCCUCACCCCAGCCAGUCCUGCUUGAACUGAGCUUUGCUGAUCUCAGACCAACCCAAACCAAACCAGACCAACCCAACCCAAACCAAACCAAACCAACCCAAACCAGAC